AUGUUAGCUACAGCACAAAAGGAUAUUAAAACUAUGAGCCUUGGCCAGAUUCACCAGGUGACCUUAGAGGCACUUGAAAAGCUUUGUAGUUUUCAUCAUCAAUUUUCUGAAGUUAUAGAACAAAAGUCAAAGUUCACCCAAGCAUGUAAGAAACCCUACCUGGAGAUUAAGUGUAAAGACAAAAGGUGUGGUUGUUCAACAAAAAAGAAACAUAAAAAAUACACCAAACCUCACAGGAUCUUCAAGGGAAAGAAAAGAAAGAAUAUGAAGUUCUUUAGAAGAAAACCUUUCAGAGGAAAGGGGAAAAAUCAGAGAUGCUUUAUUUGUGGGAAAAAAGGGCAUUUCUCAAAAGAAUGUCCCAAUAACACCCAUAAAGCCGCAAAAUUGAUUAACUCUCUUCAACCUCUAGAAGGAAUCUUAGAAUCUUUGUAUUCUGAACAAAGCUCUGCUGAUGAAGAAACAAUUUUUGCCCUUCAAGACUCCUCGUCCGAUGAAGCAUCAUUCUCGGAGUCCGAAGAUGACAAAUAUCUUCCAGUUUACUCCAUCAAAGAGAUAUGCAGUUCUCUUCCUACUACACCACUUCCUUGUGUUGAAGUCCAUAUUCUUGCAACAAAGUUUUCCCGUCCGAAGAAAGUUAUAGCUUAUAUGGACACUGGGGCCCAGAUUACCAUGAUGAAUCCCAGCAUUCUCCCUCCAGAAUCAUGGGUGACACAUGCUGCAUACUUUGUAGCAGUAGAUGGAAAAGUUUUCAAGACAAAUCUAAUGACCAAGGAGAAAAUAGGAAUUAAAUUCUUCCCAGAAUGCAUAGUCUGGACCAAGGUCAUUGGCAGUAAUCUUCCAAACAAAGAUAUUGUGGUAGGAAUGGAUGUCUAUUCAGAAGCAAUUAAACUUCAAAUUCUCCCCACAGGAAUCAAAUUCAAAAGAGAAUUCAAACCCUAUUCUGGGAUACUAAAACUAUAUUCACUUUCUAAGGUUCCUGCUGGCUAUGAAGAAAUCAAGUCCAACCUUCUCAGACUAUGUGCAGAUAGCCAUGAGAAAUUCCGCCACCCAAAACCUAUAUGGAAGAAUAAGGACUUCUUCGCUCAACUUCCCUUCAAGCUCAAUGAAGAUGUUAAUCCAACCAAGGCCACUCAUCCAGGGAUGAGCCCAUAA